AUCGAUAGACCAAUGAUAUCGGAGGGGGAGAGGUUGUACAUCGCUAUCGUUAGACAGCCAUGCAACGUCGGACAGUAGCUUUCUUGAUAGGGGAUGCUAUGGGAAAAUGGGAAGGAUAGGGGUAGCUAUGGCUGUACUGACUGCUCUUAUAGUACCUGAGCAAAUGGGCAGUAUAUAUAGACCAUGUUUUAGUCUGUCAAUGAUCCUAAACCAUCUUUCAUUCCAUUCACCCAUUAGCAAACAUGCAUGGAACCCGUCUCGUCUUCAGCAUAGCAGCAUUGCCGUUGGCCAUCCUGGCAUAUGCUACGGCCUCAACUCCAGCACCUGUGGAUUUGAACUCCCUUCGUUUGACCUCCAACACAGAAUAUGUCAACUCAAUCGAUGUGAAAGCAGACCAAUCAGUAACAAUGUCCGGCGAUGAACACUACACCAAUACAGCAGCACGACUGGUUCCGAACAUUGUUCCUGGAGCAAGCUUCCGUCUCGUCGAUGACCACUAUGUUGGCGACAAUGGAGUUGCGCAUGUAUACUUUCGCCAAACGGCUCAUGAUAUUGACAUUGACAAUGCGGACUUUAAUGUUAAUAUUGGAAGAUACGGACAGAUUCUAUCUUUCGGACAUUCAUUCUUCACAGGCGUGUUGCCGAGCAGCUAUCUGGACAAUCCCAAUGCCAUGAGUCCCACGGCUGCUCUGAGAGGAGCAAGGGACGCGUUACAGCUCCCACUCACCAUUGACAAUGUUUCUACAGAAGCUGCUAAUGGACAAAACGGGUACAUCUUCAGACAGGCAGCGGGAGCGGUAUCUGACCCUACAGCCAAACUAGUCUACCUCGUCAAGCCAGAUGGGACUCUGGCACUCACAUGGCGGGUGGAAAUAGACAUGUACGAGCACUGGCUACUGACCUACAUUGAUGCAGAAACCACCACUGUCCAUGGCGUAGUGGACUACGUGGCAGACGCGACAUAUCAAGUCUAUCCCUGGGGCACCAACGAUCCAACAGAAGGACAUCGCACCAUCCUCACCAACCCCUGGGACCUAUCCGCAUCCGAAUACACCUGGAUCAGCGAUGGACAAAACAACUACACCACAACGAGAGGCAACAACGCCAUCGCGCACUGGAAUCCCAGCGGCGGUGGCUCCUAUCUCUACAACCUACGCCCCUCCAACCCCGACUUGAACUUCCAAUGGCCCUACUCCGCCAACAUGUCCCCACCCCGGUCAUACAUCAACGCCUCCAUUGUCCAGCUCUUCUACACAGCAAACACCUACCACGACCUCCUCUACACACUAGGCUUCACCGAAUCCGCCGGCAACUUCCAAUGGAACAACAGCGCCCGUGGCGGCCGCGACAAAGACUACGUGAUCCUCAACGCACAAGACGGCUCCGGAUACAGCAACGCAAACUUUGCCACUCCACCCGACGGUAUCCCCGGCCGUAUGCGCAUGUACAUCUGGAUUGAAUCCACUCCGUCGCGUGAUGGAAGUUUCGACGCGGGCAUCGUAAUUCACGAAUACACUCACGGCGUAUCGAACCGCCUCACCGGCGGCUCCCACAACGCCGGAUGUCUCAACACCCUCGAAUCGGGCGGUAUGGGCGAAGGCUGGGGCGACUUUAUGGCCACAGCCAUCCGAAUCAAGCCCAAUGAUACGCGCAGGACGUCCUACACUAUGGGCGCCUGGGCGGAUAACGAUAAACGCGGUGUCCGCGACUACCCUUACUCUACUUCCUUCGCUGAGAACCCUCUGAACUACACGAGCGUGAAUACCAUGAAUGGCGUGCACGCUAUCGGAACCGUCUGGGCGACUAUGCUGUACGAGGUGAUGUGGAAUCUCAUUGAUAAGUACGGGAAGAAUGAUGGACCGAGACCGGUGUUCAGGAAUGGAGUGCCGAUAGAUGGGAAGUACUUGAUGAUGAAGUUGGUGGUGGAUGGGAUGGCGCUGUAAGUGAUCCACAGGAUAGCUUUGUUUUCACCGUCGGAGUGUCUGUCGGAUCUUGACUAAUAUUUGAAUGAAGACAACCAUGUAAUCCGAACUUCGUGCAAGCUAGAGAUGCCAUCCUUGAUGCAGAUAUUGUGUUGACUGGGGGUAAGAAUCGAUGUGAGAUAUGGAGGGGCUUUGCGAAGAGAGAAUUGGGACAGGGAGCGGGUUAUAGUGGUGGUGGUUUAAGUCGGAUGCGGAAGG